GACUUUGACGAGAAUGUCAACGACCCCGAAUGGCAAUUGGCAUUCGACGUGUACGAUCUGAAACCGGCGCUGAGCCACUCCAGCAUCAAGAAAUUGCGCGCCAAAGCGCUUCUAAAUAUGGGUGGUACGUCCAAAACGAAAACUGGCGGCACGAACUCCUCACGCGUUAAUCCCACAUCCACUGACUUCAUUGUGGACCGCAACGGGUACAGGUACGUGUCAAAACGUUUAGUUCGCUACGCUUGA